UAAUAAAUAUACUAAUUUGGUAGGAAAAGAAUUCACAUGGUAAAAAAGGUUGGAGAUAGCAUCUCCUACAUAUUUGCGCCACCGAUCCGCGGCCGUAAAUGGAAGGAGUAGGGGCCAGAUUGGGCCGGUCAUCAACUAGGUACGGAGGGCCGAUCACAGUAUUUACUGGACCAGUUCGAAGGUGGAAGAAAAAGUGGAUCCACGUAACGCCGCCGACCUCCGGCAACAAUCAUCAGAGAGCUAACGGCAGAGUUAACGGUAGUAACGAUUCUCAUCUAUUGCUUUUCAAAUGGACGCCUAUAACUGCUAGCCAAAACAACAAUGGUACUGCUGGCGGUAACGGCGAAAAAAAUGACUCCCCUAACGACGACGCCGUUGCGGUGGAGGAGCUACCUAAGCGUAAAUUCAAGUAUAUUCCGAUUGCUCUGCUUGAAGAACAAAACUACGAGGAAUCUGAACAUGACAAUGAAGCAAAACCAGCUGAGACUGACUCAAAUGGUGGGAGGCCAACAUUGGAGACUGAUGGUUUUGAUGAAAAUCCUGACAUCAAUAAUGUGCCGAUGGAAGAAAGUCAGGCUCCACAAGAUAACCCUACAGAACGACAAGAUUUAAAUGAAAGCACCUUGGACUUGUCUUUGGGCUAGGAGGCUCAUGAACAAUAGAGAUUAGACAAGAGAUGAUCAGUUGGUCAAAGUGAACUCCAGUAGCACUGAGGCAAUCUGGCUUUCUGUAAAAUGCUGCUCAUGAUUGAGCAACGAAACUGCCUCAGCUCUUCAUUCAUCCUAAGGUAACUGUAAUUUUUAACCUUUGUGUACUGUAAGGUAGAGUCACUAUUUUUUUAAUUGGCCGAGUUGAUAAUUUUUUUCCAACGACCAUAGUGGAACAUAUAUAUUGGAAUUAGUGGGACGACAUAUGCUAUUGCAUCAAGAUUGAAGGGCUAUGAUUCAUUCUUUUAUUCUCUUUGUCUUAGUAUAUGCAAGUUCCGAUUUUGUGGAGCAAGAAGUUGUUGUCUGUAUGUAUCGUCAUAAGAAAGAACGAGUGCUUCAAGUGUUUGCAGUAAAUAAAGUACCCCCAUACCCUCAGAAACACACAAAUGGAAGACAAGCAAAUUUUUGAACUGAUGUUAAGAAGCAAAAUAGCUAUUGCUGCUGCAGCGAUACUGCGAAAACUUGCAGUUCCUCUCCUGGAGCUUUUUCAGUGGCCAUUUGCGAGCUGCGCAAUCAUGCUGGGCAUUUGGGAAAAUGGAAAACUUUGAACCAUCGAUCUGUUAUCUUUAACUGUUGUUCAUAUAUUUCCAUUUACAGGUAGUUUCUCUCAAAUUGUGCAGAAUGCCAUUUACUAUUUAUGAUCAAUUGCCAUUUUUUCCUGGUUUACUAGACGUAGUUUUCCGCUAGCUCUGCAUAAAGUAAUGGUUGAUAUGGACAAUUUAGAGAUAGAGAAAAAAUUGAUUUUCAAGCUA